CGUCCAACAUUAACAAAAACAGCGACUGUCCCUUCAAAUUAAAUCUUCCGUCGUGGCCCAAAGCACAGCUACUAUCGAGUUGUUUUUGGUCGAGCCUUUUUAUUUAGAAUAAACUGGCAGGAAGUUGUAUUAUAACUCCCGGAAGUUUAUUUUCUACUUGGGCCAGAGUGAAUACAGAACCGCAACGCUUGGCUAAAUUUUGGAUCAGAAACAUUCGUACAUCGCUGCAUGUAUGUGAGAGUAAACACAGCGAAGCAACCGUGGUACUGAACACAUAUGGAUCCCAACCGGAUAAUCCAGGCUCUGAAAGGGACCAUCGACCCUAAUCUGAGGAUAGCGGCGGAAAAUGAACUCAAUCAGUCCUACAAAAUCAUCAACUUCGCCCCCACCCUGCUUCAGAUCAUCGUUUCGGAGCAGGUGGAGUUUCCCGUUCGCCAGGCAGCGGCCAUCUACCUGAAGAACAUGGUGAGUCAGUACUGGCAGGACAGGGAGCCAUCUGUGGGCGAGAUCGUUUUCCCCUUCAACAUUCACGAGAACGACCGGCAGCAGAUCAGAGACAACAUUGUGGAGGGCAUCAUCCGCUGUCCGGAGUCCAUACGCGCCCAGCUCACUAUGUGCCUGCGAGCCAUCAUCAAGCACGACUUCCCCGGCCGCUGGACCGCCAUAGUGGACAAGAUAGGCAUCUAUCUGCAGUCUCAGAACAGUGGCAGCUGGUAUGGCAGCUUGCUGGCUCUCUACCAGCUGGUCAAGACAUAUGAGUACAGGAAGGCAGACGAGAGGGAGCCGUUGCUGGCAGCCAUGCAGAUCUUCCUGCCAAGGAUUCAGCAGCUCAUCAGCCAGCUGCUGGCAGACGGCACCAUCUUCUCUGUCCUCAUUCAGAAGCAGAUCCUCAAAAUCUUCCACGCUCUUGUACAGUACUCACUGCCUCUCCAGCUGAUCAACAACACUGUGAUGACUCAGUGGAUGGAGAUCCUCCGAGCCAUAAUGGACCGAGACGUCCCUGCAGAGACUUUGGAGGUUGACGAGGACGACCGUCCUGAGCUGGCGUGGUGGAAGUGUAAGAAGUGGGCGAUGCGCAUCAUCACCCGAUUGUUUGAGCGGUAUGGAAGCCCUGGCAAUGUGACAAAGGAGUACUAUGAAUUUGCAGACUUUUUCCUGAAGACGUAUGCAGUUGGCAUACAGCAGGUCCUGCUAAAGGUGGUGGAUCAGCACCGGCAGAAGCACUACGUUACUCCUCGCGUCCUGCAGCAGUGCCUCAACUACCUCAACCAGGGUCUCUCACACUCACUGACCUGGAAACAGAUGAAGCCACACAUGCAGACCAUAUGCCAGGAGGUCGUCUUCCCUCUUAUGUGCUACAAGGACGAGGAUGAAAAGCUGUGGCAGGAGGACCCCUACGAGUACAUCCGCAUGAAGUUCAAUCUCUACGAUGACCACGCCCUCCCAGCUACGGCUGCCCAGAGCCUCCUGUGUAAAGCUGCUCGCAAGAGGAAGGAGGUUCUUCCUCAGAUGAUGGAGUUCUGCCACCAAAUCUUGAUGGACCCCUCUGCUGACCCCCGCAGGAAGGACGGGGCGCUGCACUGCAUUGGAGCUCUGGCCGAGCUUUUACUGAAGAAGCGCAUGUACAGGGAGCAGAUGGAGCUGAUGCUGCAAAACUACGUCUUCCCUUUGCUUAACUCUCCUAUGGGCUACCUGAGGGCCAGAUCGUGCUGGGUCCUGCACUGCUUCAGCCCACUGCGUUUCCACGACGAGCUGGUGCUGAGGAAUGCCGUGGAGUUGGUCAAGCAAGAUCUGAUAGACGACAAAGAGAUGCCCGUUAAGGUGGAGGCCGCCAUUGCUCUGCAGACGCUCGUCAGUAACCAGGAACAAGCCAAGCUGUACAUCAGGCCGUACAUUCGGCCAGUCAUGCAAGAGCUGCUGCAUGUGGUCAAAGAGACGGAGAACGAUGACUUGACAAAUGUCAUUCAGAAGAUGAUCUGCGAGUACAACCAGGAGGUGGCUGCCAUCGCUGUGGACAUGACGCAGAACCUGGCGGAGAUCUUUACCAGGGUCCUUCAGAGUGAAGAGUACGAGGAGAACGAGGACAAGACUGUUAUGGCUCUCGGCAUCCUUAGCACCAUUGACACCAUCCUCACUGUCAUGGAGGACCACAAGGAGAUCACUCAGCAGCUGGAGGGGAUCUGUUUGCAGGUGAUCGGCCUGGUCUUGCAGAAGCCCAUCAUAGGUAUGGCAGAGUUCUACGAGGAGAUCCUAUCGCUGGCGUUUGGUCUCACCUGUCAGACCAUAUCCCCCCAGAUGUGGCAGCUACUGGGUGUCUUGUAUGAGGUGUUCCAGCAUGACUGCUUUGACUACUUCACAGAUAUGAUGCCUCUUUUGCACAACUACGUUACUGUGGAUACAGACAUGCUUCUGUCCAACCCGAAGCACUUGGAGGUCAUCUACAGCAUGUGCAAAAAGGUGCUGACCAUUGACGCAGGGGAGGACGCCGAGUGUCACGCUGCAAAAUUGUUGGAGGUUAUCAUCCUGCAGUGCAGAGGCAGAGGCAUUGACCAGUGCAUCCCUCUGUUUGUAGAAGCGGUAUUGGAGCGUUUGAUGCGAGGGGUGAAGUCCAGUGAACUGAGAACCAUGUGUCUUCAGGUGGCCAUAGCUGCUCUGUACUACAACCCAGCCCUGCUUAUCCACACUAUGGACAACAUGCACUUCCCCCAUAACCCACAGCCCAUCACCGCCCACUUCAUCAACCAGUGGAUGAAUGACACAGAGUUCUUCCUGGGGCUCCAUGACCGUAAGAUGUGCAUCAUCGGCCUGAGCGUGCUGAUGGAGCUGCCCAGCAGGCCAGCGGUGUUGGAGGGAGUUGCUGCUCAGAUUGUCCCCUCCAUUCUACUCCUCUUCCUGGGUCUCAAACACCUCUACGCCUCUCGCCUCAUCAACAAACCAGACCUGCUGGCCCGCGCAGGGGCUCAGGAUGAAGAUCAGAACGAGGAGAUUCCCAGCGAUGAAGAUGAGGUGAACGAGAACGGCAAUGCCAUGCAGCAGCAGUCCUGCAUGCCCGCAGGCCAAGGAGGUGAGGAUGAUGACGACGAGGAAGAUGACUACUGGGAUGAAGAUGGCUUUGAGGGAACGCCCCUGGAGGAGUACAGCACACCUCUGGACUAUGAUAACGGAGAGGACGAGUACCAGUUCUUCACCUCCGCCCUGCUCAGGGUCCAGAAUACUGAUGCAGUGUGGUACCAGUGUUUGACAGCCCCACUCAGCGACGACCAGAAGAAACAGCUCCAGGAGAUUUACAGCAUCUCACAGCAGAGGAGGAGCACUGCCGCCAAGGGCCAGUGAGCACUGACAAGACCGCAGAAUCAGAGGAGAGAGUCAAAGAAGUGGGAGCACAAAGAAGAAAGAAGUUGGUCUGAGCUGACCUGAAGUGGAUUUCAGUCCAGUCUGAAUGUUCUCAGACCAGAUCAGACCAUAUCAGGCUUAACGGAUCCCACCACAACCAGGUCCCAGGGAAUGAUCGGAACGCGACGGAGUGAAGGGGCUGGAUUGGUAACACAGGAGUUGGGGACUGUAUAGGGCCCCUACUGGAAUAUUCCUUUCACCAGGACUGGGCUGCUGGCCUGUGUGUGUGUGUGUGUGUGUGUGUGUGUGUGUGUGUGUGUGUGUGUGUGUGUGUGUGUGUGUGUGUGUGCGUGUGUGCGUGUGUGCUGACUCCAGAGAAAGGUCUGCAUUAUAAAUAUAAAUGUUCUUGACCAGCAAAAUGUAUUUUUUUUGUAUGGUGCAGUCCUUUGGUCUGUGACUAGGUAACGUUGUUUGUGUGUGUGUGUCUGAGAAACUGUAAAACAUAAAAAAACACAUCAAAGCGUGUGUUUGUACUGUAAGCCCUUUGUUUCGUUUCUCUAUAGCCGAACACAUCAUCUCAUGAAGCGAGGGCCUACGCUGAGAAAGAAGAGCCCCAUUUCUGUCAGGGUGCCUUGUAUAAAGACUGUGAACGGACAAUGUCAGAGGCCUCCGGCUGUAACGUCACAUACAUGCAAUUGGGAGAGGGAUCUCGGGAAAAGCAGUUAUUUGUCGUUCUGUUUGUCCCUGGGUUUUGUUUUUGUAACUUUUUUCAGGACUAAUUUAAGAAAAUCAUAAAAGUUCAUGUAACAUUU